GUCGGGUUUACUUCGCUCUGUUCGGCCACCUGAUCCGUGAUUUAGCGGUGUUUAGGUGCGCUGUGUUGAAUGAGACCUCCUCCGCUCCGAGGCGAUGCAGAGGGCGGUGAGGUGACAUGUUGGUAACAUGUGAUCUGUGGUCGGGAUCAGGGCUCGCUCUGAGCUGAACCAACGGGGGGGUCCGUGGCUGUCACUAGACUAGGAGAUAUAGCUCACAUUAUGGAGCUUUAGGGGCUCGUUAUGCAGCCCUCAUCACGCCUAUGUGUUUGAAAUUGGAGGAAUAUUCAUAAUAAUAACCUUGAAUAUCAGCGAUCAAGUCUCCAGAUACAGAGCAGAAAGCUCCUUCCUGAGGUCGGACAUGUCUGAACUGUUAAUGGAAUGUGAGGAAGAGGAGUUGGAGCCAUGGCAGAGACCAGCUCCGGAGGUGACCCUGGUGGAAGAUGAUGAUGACGACGAUGAGCCCAUCUUCAUCGGAGAGCUUGUAAACAGCCCAAAGGUGGUCAAACCCAGCCCUUCACCUGUACGGAUCGUAAUCCCCAGACAGGAAGCCCCGCCCCCAGCCCCCAGAGGGGCCACGCCCAUCAUGCUGUCAGCCAGUGUCCCUGGAAACGGAGCGAUGACGUUACCACCCCCCUUACCAACCAUACCCCCCCACCCAGUAAUCAUCAAUAGCCAGUUGUGCGUUAUGUCUUAUCAGGGAUACAUCGUUCAACCGCAUCAACUGGGGCCCGCCAACCUCCUGGCCACGCUCGGAAAACAGUACCCGCCCGGGACCUCCUUCACCAUCGUCCCAGCUGGUCAGCCGCACCUCCUCCCGUUGCUGCCCCAGGCCAGGAUCAUGCCCGGGGUCGUCCACAGACCCCAGGUGAAGCUCAACAACAACGUGGUCACCCUGUCCAACGUCCAGAACCCUGCCGUCUACUCCUCCCCCGCUCCGCAGCCGCCAGAGAUCCAGCCGCCCAAACCUCCGCCCGUUGACAUCUGCUCCGUGACUGCGAUGAGUCCGACCGAGAGCAAAGGAGAUCGAAGCUUGCUGAAACGGCGAUUAAUGCCAACGCAAAACGAGGUCAAGACAAAGAAAGUCAAACUAGAGCCAGUACAAAAUAACAAAGCAGUCGAUGCACAAUACGUCUACAAGAAGAAGUGUUACAAAUGCAAAGUAAUCUUCCAUCAUCAGGAAGCUCUGAAGUCUCACCUGAAGAACUGCUCUGGCAAACCUGUGGAAAUGGUUUCCCCAUCGCCGCCUCCAAGCACAGUCGCUCCAGUCCAAGUCGUGAACCCCAAACACAUCCUGCUGGUCGGAGAGUUCUACUACGGGCGCGUGGAGGGCGACUGGCAGAUGCAGAGGCAGGAGCAUAAAACCAACACCACUUUCAAGUGCCAGAGCUGCUUGAAAGUGCUGAAGAACAACAUCAGAUUCAUGAACCACAUGAAGCACCACCUGGAGCUGGAGAAGCAGAGCAGUGAGAGCUGGGAGAGCUACACCAGCUGCCAGCACUGCUACCGGCAGUACAUGACCCCCUACCAGCUGCAGUUGCACGUGGAGUGGGCCCACAGCCCGCUGGCGUCCUCAACUAACUGCAAGAUAUGCGAAUUGGCGUUUGAGACGGAACAGGUCCUACUGGAACACAUGAAGGAGACCCACAAGCCUGGAGAGAUGCCGUACGUGUGCCAGGUUUGCAAUUUCAGGUCCUCAUUCUUCAUGGAGGUGCAGGCUCAUUUCAAAGUAGCUCACGACAACACGCAAGACCUCCUGUGCCCGUUCUGCCUCAAAGUGCUCCGAAGUGGACAAUCAUACAUGCAGCAUUACAUGAAACAUCAGAGAAAAGGCAUACAUCGCUGUGGAAAAUGCAGGCUGAACUUUCUGACCUACAAGGAGAUGGUGGACCACAAGAUCAACUUUCACAAGACUUUCAAGAAACCAAAAGCACUUGAAGGCCUUCCACCUGGAACUAAGGUGACCAUCCGGGCGUCUCUAGGAGGUACCGUCUCCUCAUGCAACCCGUGCCCCAGCGGCAACACUCCUGAUGCUCAACCUCCUAAACCUGCCAAGUCCAAACCCAAACCCCCCCAGGCCCUGGGAAGGCCCAAGCCUGCUAAGCCCAAGAGGCAGCAGGAGGCGCGAGUGCCAAAGAAGAACACGGCUCUGAAGAACACCAGAAUCGGUGGAGGGCCACACACUUGUAUCGAGUGUUCCACAGAGGUCACUGACUUCUUCUCUCACUAUCCAAUGAUUUCGAACUGCGGUGCGUGCAAAUACCAGACGAGCUGCAAAGUCUCAAUCUCCAAUCAUAUGAUAAGGUAUCAUAGUACAAUAUCGAAGGACCGAUUCAAGAGGAUGGGGAGUCAGAGAAUGUCGAAUCCAACAGUUCAAUCUCUGAGCUGCCUCUCCUGUGACUUCCUGGUGGGGGCCUUAGAAGGGGACAAGAUGACCAAGCAUCUGACGGACGACUCGGACCACGUGUGCCGGGUCAUUGAGCGGAAAGUUGCUGCUCCUGCACCUGGUGUGAUGUUACAGUCCACCAACUUUGACUCUAUGACCGGUCCGUGCCCCCCCUCCCUUAAGCCGCAGGCUCCAGCAGGAAAAGCUGAAGGCCAGGAGAGAGUGAUACAGGAGGUAGCGCACAAAAGUGAAAGUGGAACCGAGAGUGAUACGAGAGACAGAACGAGAGCAAGACAGACACUAAGAGAGCGAGACGGUUUGUGCAAAGGAAAUGUUCCUGCACAAACCCUCAUUAUGGAAAACAAACGUAGAAAUUCAUAUGAUGCAGCUUUUAAGUUAAAGGCAAUCAAUCUGGCUGUAAAAGAAGGAAACAGAGCGGCUGCACGUGGCCUUGGCAUCCAUGAGACAUUGCUGGGACGUUGGAGACGUCAGCGGGAAGAACUGUCUCAAUGCAAAAAGUCAAAAAAAGCUUUCAGAGGUAGUAAUAAAAGCAGAUGGCCCAAACUUGUAGACUUUCUGGAAGAUUGGGUGAACACACAGAGAUUAGACGGCCGAGGUGUUACACCCGUGCAGAUCCGACUGAAAGCUAAAACGGUCGCCACCGAAAUGAAAAUUGUAAACUUCAGAGCUGGAAAAGCCUGGUGUUUCAGAUUUAUGAGACGAAAUGGACUGCCAGUUUGAGUUUGAAAGUUGAAAAGUUUGUGUCUGAAACGCUAUGUGAUACAGUACCGUUUACACUGCACAGUAUAUGUUCUGUAGCUACUAUUGCACUAAAUGGUAACACUUGAUUACGUUAUGCAAAUAUGCAACUUGUUUGUUGAAAUGUUAAUAAAUGGGAGUUUCCUCAAGCAGC